GCUGAGCCCCUCGCUGGAGCCGGCCCUGCAGGACGAUCGCGCCUUCGCCUUCACCAACGGCUCGCUGCGCCUGGGCCCCGCGGCGCGGGGGGACGCGGGGGUCUUCACCUGCCGCGCGCACAACGCCCACAGCAACGCCAGCGUCACCGCCCGCCUGGACGUCAGGGCGGCCACCCGGAUCGAGGUGCCCCCCCAGAGUGUCACAGCCAAGAAGGGCGAGACGGUGACAUUCACCUGCGGGGCCACCUUCGACCCCGGCCUGGAGCCCCGCGGGCUGCUCUGGCUGCGGGACGGGACCCCCGUGCUCGAGAGCCCCGACAGCGACAA